GCAGUUUAUUCGUCUAAACAUUCAAAUAAGUGAAAAUGCAUUUUUAUGCGCAACUUUUAUUUUUACUGAAAGUUUUUUUGCGUUAAUAAACACAGAAUGAAAAAUACCUAAUUAUGGAAAAAUGACGAAUUUAUGUUUGUUUUAGUUUGUCAUGAUAUUUAUUACCUUCUAGGUACUAAAAUAUUGAACAAUUUUUAUUGGAGAGCAAUGAAGCCAAAACAGAAUCUUAUCUGCAGAGAUAAACUGAUUAUCUAUAUUGACUCACCUCAUUUUGCUCGUAGCAGGUGAAAAAGCACCAUUUCUGUGUAAAAUUAACUCAAUUAAGCAAAAAAUUUGCAACACUUCUUCACAAAAUGACAAGUAUAGAAACUGUGGGAACAAUUGUGUUAAAAAUUUUAAAAUUGGUUAUAAACUUGAUAUGUAUCAUCAUCUACCGUACUGGAUAUCAAGGUUAUUUCUUAGGAGUAGGAGGAACAUGGAAUUUAAAUGAAGAGAAGAACCCUGAUGCUGAAAUUGUAGCUUCUGGUGUAUUUGUAGGAUAUAUCAUAUAUACAUUCGUGUCUCUCAUUAGCCUCUGCUUCGCUAGUGGCGACCAUAAAACAACUUUCACUGAUAUUUUGAUGAACAUUGUUGGUGUAUUUAUGUGGGUCGCAGUUGGAGCAACCGCUCUUCACUAUUGGCUUGGUUAUCUAUCCGAAUACAAAUAUACCGAAGUUGACUCGGAAAGACAAGUGGGUCUUGCGUUAGGUGCUUUAUGUAUUAUUAACGGAGCAGUUUAUCUAGUAGAUACCGUAUUAUCUGCCAUUUUUAUCAUCAAAGCUAAAAUGCAAUAAAAAACUUUACAACAUACUUAUAUUUAUAAUUUUGCCUCGUAAAAUAUCACAUAUCAGUUGUUUCAUCAUGAACUCAUAGCAUAUUAGCAACUAGGAAUAGAAAUGACAAACCAGAAUAAAAAAACGAAAAUAUCUUAUGAAAUAAAAUUUUACAUAGAUUUGUGAAGUUGGCCCCCGACUUUCUUUAAAAAAAGCACCAAAUCCUUUGUAGAAUGUAAACGUUUGUAGUAAAAGCAUUAUUAAGGGGAGUGCAAAAAUCGCCAGCCCCUUCAAUUAUGUGGCUGUCUUCUAACCUGUACUAAUCUACGCCAAAUUAUUUCUAGUUGUUUAUAGUAAACGACGUUUUGUUUAUAGUUGUCCAAAAGGAUCUGUUUAAAAAUAACACUGACAGAUUCAAAUUAUAAAUGCGUUUCAAUUUAAAAAAGCUAAGGCUCAGACUUAUUAAGUGAAAUUUUCCUAAACAUUACUAGAAUAACCUUCGGAAAACGGCUUAGAAUGUGUAGUAUCGACGUAGGAUACGCGUUAAAUACCACAUCAAAAAAAGAUAUGAUUACGUUCGUCUUCGGAAAUUGGAAGCUAAAGAAUUACUCUCUAUAAAUCAGCCUAUAGAUAGCGACGCGACGAAGCGAAUACAAAUUAUAAAUAAAAAUAUCUGCGCUACAAAACUAUAAGAUAAUUUACUUAAUAUAGAGUCAGACCCACUACGGAUCGGGAGGCUGGUCAUUUUUUCCCUCCUCAUAACUAUUUUAUUUUUUACUACAAAAUAAAAAUCUUAUACUACAUAACUCUUUAAUGGAUUUGGCAACCGUUUGUCUAAUUUUUUUGAGGAACGGUCAUAUAGCUUACAGAAUUUAAUAAUCAGUUUAUUGCAAGUUUGAAGAUGAUAGAAUUUAAAUUCACUUAGUAGUAACAGUAACUAUUUUUUUACGUUUUUCCUUUCUGCUCCUAGCUCCUCGUACAAAUUUUUUAUAUGUUUUUGGUAUUUCUCUAAAGUAGUGCAAACUUAGUUUUAUAUUUAUAGUAUUUUAUUAGUAUCUACAUAGUUUUUAGAUUAUAAACUUAGCUUUAAAAAUCCGAAUUACUUAGAUUUAAAUUAUAAUAAUCAAACGUCAGUCACAUACAAUUAAGUUCAAUUGUACAUCGACACUUUAUUACGGAGUCAUUUUUCCAAAUAUUACGUCACCAUAUAUAAAAUGGAAUAGGUGCAAGCCUGUUUGUGUAAACUUCAACUUUUAAGUAAUAAAAUGUUUAUUUGUUGUACAAAUAAGACAAAUGUUUUAGUAUUUUUGCUUUAUUAUGUUUAUACUAAUAUGUAUUGACAAAACAAUAGAUUUUUAUAUAAAAAUACGUUAAAUAUACACAAAGGAAGUUCAAAUCAAGGUUGCAAUGCACUAUAGCUUGGAAACGGUAUGUAAUGGGCAAGCUUGUCGAAGCGCUGUUUUUAUGCAAAAUGAUCGUGUGACCAUUAAAUUCUGGUAGGUCUGGAAACGAUAAUUUAAGACAAGGAAGAUGAAAAAAUGAGACAGAAACUCCCGAUCGUCCAGAAGAUGACGAUGAAGAAGAAAAAAAACAAAUAUUUCAAUUUAAGUACUGUACAGCUAAUACAUAAAAAUAAAAUUGAAAAAAUGUAUAGCCUCGUUAUAUUUUCUCUUCAAAUUUACUUAAAAUAAAUUAAUAUAAUUUUAAGAUAUAUGUAUAAUAAUAUAAUAAAUAUUACCU